AUGUCUCCUAUCAGUCUCACCAUCCUCUCUUUUCUUCUGCUUGCUGUCUCGGCGCAACGCAUCCCGCGCUCCUCCCUCAGCACAACGUUGUCAUGCCAAGAGCGCUGUGUCCCCGACGGCAUUGGCCAGCAGCAACUGAACGAGUCCUGCGCCGCCGGCGACUUUGACAAGUUCUGCACGCCCAUCCGAUGCAGCUGUCCCAGCCCUCCCCAGCAAGUCUCCAUCCUGUGUGAGAGCGAUGCCUGCUUGAGCAACUUCCGUCGCCGUUCUGCGCGCGUGCGCUUCGGCAACAACAACCCUGAUUUCGUGUAUGUCGUCACCUACACCGUGCGGGGUACCGUGUUUGACAAGGUGACCAGCAGACCGGGGGCUUGCCAGGUUCUGUUGAGCGGCUCAUAUCGCCCGCGCACGCGCGGAGUGGUGGUGACAAAUGCUAUCGCGCAGGCAGUUGUGGAUGAUGUGUUGGAGGCUUUGAUUAGCGAAGGGAGCGGCAAGAGGAGUACUUGCGCGCGCAAGUUGAGAAGGGUUGCGCAGAAUGCCGCGGAUAAAGUGUUUGAGAUGGACACGGGUGAGGCGGAGAUGGAGGCGGAAGGAGUUUCAGGGAGGAUGAAGAUGGAGAGAAUCGACGUCAGAAGGUCAGAUAGCACGGAGAUGUGAGAGGGGCAUGGUAGUGGAAGGUAUGCAGUUGAUAGAUAGGUCUUUUGGGUGAGAUUGAGCUGUACAAUGAGUAAAUCUCAUUUCAUGUCAUGGGAACAACUUCGAUUGGAGGCGGGUUAUCACCUAGCCUUGUCUUUUGACAUGUCACUGUUUCUGCGUCGA